ACGCUUUAUACCAUGUGUUUGAUAUUACAAGGAUAUUUUUAACAAUUUACUAAAUCAGAUUUUACCAUGUUAUCCAUUGAGAGAAGAUCUCGUCCUUUGGCAUUCAUUAUCGUUGUAGUAACCCUUACAUUUGUGUAUCUUUCUUUUUAUCGGAACACUUUUGGAUUUAUGAAUAAUGUUCAAAGGACACCCCCUGAAGACAAUCCAAGUGAAAUACGAGGCUUGAAACCUUUUUUGAAAAAUAAACAGGUUAUAAAUGGUACAAUUAGUUGUCGUGGUAAACAGCAAAAUAUUAUAAAGAAUAUAUUUAGCCGUGAUAAUAAAGGAUGGUAUGAAAAUCGUGAAAUUUGUGACUCUUGUUUUGAAUUUACCAAAGCUACUUUAAAAACUAAAUUUGGACCAACACCUAUCUUUAUAUAUCCAAGAGAUCAGGACAUUUGGGUCUCAACUUCUCUUCAGGAUCGUGGCACCUUUGAAUCUGAAAAAUCGGAGAUCAUGUUCAAAAUGAUGAAAGAUGACCCUGAAUUACAAAUAAUUGAUAUUGGAGCCAACAUUGGUGUUUAUACGCUAAGUUGUGCAAAAGCAGGUCGUAAAGUUUUAGCUGUAGAGGCGUUAGACAAAAAUAUGCAGCACAUUUGCGCUUCUGUGAUGGAAGGGGGAUUACAGAACAAUGUCUACCUCAUCCACAACGCCAUAUCAAACGGACAUGACGUUGUUAAUCUUGGAGUGGAUAAGAGUAACAUGGGAGGUACUUUUGUGGAUGUCGAAUCAAGUCAUAUUAAGGAACUUAAAUUAGGUCGGGCUCAAGGUACAUAUGGCAAAGUUCAUACCAUAACCAUGGAUGACCUUUUAGAACUUCCGGCCAUUAAACAUUUUCAGAAAGUUUUUAUCAAAAUGGAUGUAGAAGGUUUCGAAGCACGAGCAGUUGAAAAAUCUACUAAGUUUUUUGAGAAAAUCAAAGUUGCUGGAUUCGUCAUGGAAUGGGAAUUUCAUAAGGGGCAACCGACUGCAAAGAAAAUAAUUGACUUUAUGACCGCGCGGAAGUUUAAACCACAUGCUGUAAAUCUAGGGAAAGCAGCAUUGAAUCUUGCAGAGAGUGCAAAGUGGGGUUAUGACGUUCUAUGGCUUCCUAGCUAGUUUUUAUUGUGUUAGUGUAAUUAUUUUAUGGGUCCAGAUGUGUACUACAUGGAACUAUUUAUUUUUCAACAAAUCAAUGCGGUGUCAGAUGGAAAUUCAAUCUAGCAUUAUAUACACAAUGUUCCUAGUGAGUUUUAUUCAUUCUUUUAUUGAUUUAUCAAAAGAUUUGAUGUGAAAGCAAUAUCCAAAUAGUGUGAUCAUUUAUAUGAAGAAAUAACUAAUAAGUCGUGCGAGCACUGUUUUCGUAUUAACGUGACCAACGACGUGAAAAAUAUUUCCAUCAAUUCAUUCUUAUAUUAACAUGGAUGACCAUUGCCAUUUGUUAUGAACAAGUUAACUUUCAGAUCGAAAAGGACAAAGUUCCCUGUCUGGAAAAGGAAGGGCUCCUCUGGCUACUUUGUACAAAAAAUAUGUAAAUUCAGCCUACAACACAGUGAUUUUCCAAAUGCUAAGAAGUAAAUUUUGAAUUGUAGCUUUGAAAAGAGAAUGAAAUUACCUGUUUGAAAGUUUCAUUUAUUUUGUUUAUAUAAUGUAUUUAUAUUACAAAUACUUUCGUUUGCGACUAUUUGAACAGCAUAAAUCACGAAGGAUGACUGUUGGAUAGAUAGCCUGUGGUUGUUAGUAUGUGUAUGAUAGAAAGUAUGAAUGGAUAUGUGAAGAAGAACCAUUGAUAUGAAAUGUUUGUUUUGUGUUCAUUUCAGAAAUUGCAUGAUAUUUUGGGGAGAUUUUUUUGUAAUAAAUAUUUUAAGUC